ACCAUCUCUCUCCUGUGUGUCUGUCCAUGUCUGUCUGUGCAAAGGCACACACAUGUUUUCAGGUCAUGUCAGGUUAGUUCACAAGCACCUGCCCCCUGAGUCAUUAACCCUGUGGCAUGUGUGUCCUAAGAACACAGGUGCUCUCUUACCUUGGCAUUCUCGCUUCUCCAGACCCUCUUUUAGCUCAGUUGUCCAGAAGUUUCCCAUCAAUGGCGUGGAGGACAGUGCUGCCUGUGAUCCUCAUUGUAGUGGGACUUGUAGCAACUGGAGCCACAUGUCUUUUCUGGAAACGUCAGAGGGACAGGGAUAGGGUACAGCUGGAAGAAGAGAAACUGUACAGAGAAGAGGAGCAGCUGUCCCAAGGCUGGCCAGAGGACGUCAUCUAUGUGAGCCCAUCCCUGGACCCUGACACUGCAAGCCCCAAGCUCGCUCUCUCUGAGGACAGGAAGACUGUGAGGCGGCUGUUCUUUGAACAAGAGCUGCCCAACGCCCCCAGCAGAUUCGACCGGGACCCCUGUGUGCUGGGCCUGGAGCAGUUCUCAGCUGGGAGGUAUUACUGGGAGGUCCAGGUGGGGCACAGGAAGGCCUGGAACCUGGGCGUGUGUCUGGAGAGCUUGGAUCGGAAGGGAAGGAUCCCCAAGUCCCCCCAGCACGGACUCUGGGCCCUGGAGCUGUACAAGAAGGGGUUCUGGGCACUUGCCUUCCCAAGAGUUCGCCUGCACCCUUCGGAGCCCCUGCAUCGUGUGGGCGUUUUCCUGGACUGUGAUGCAGGCAGAAUCUCCUUCUACAGCGUGAGCAAUGGAUCCCUCAUCUACGCGUUCUCUGGACUGUCCUUCUCGGCACCCCUGAGGCCAUUCUUCUGCCUCUGGACACACGACCCCAGCCCCCUGACCAUCUGCUCAGAAGGGCAGCCCCCAGAGGCCUUGGGGCCUCCUCAGGGUGAGGGACAGGACAGGGUGGGAAUCCUCCUCCAGCAAGACCCAUGAUCUGCUCCAGCCUGUCACUGAUUUGGGGGAGAUGUAUCCAUUCUAAGUCCCAGCUAGAUCACAUACAAGGGUGCACCUUUCUGGAUGAUCCUGUGUUAUCUCCACUUUCCUUCCCUGUAAAAUACUGACAAAACAUUAUGGGCUGAAUCAUGUCCCCUCCAGUUCACAUGUUGAAGCUCCAAUCCCCAGGGCCUCAGAACGGGGCUGGAUUUGGAGAUGGGGGCUUUACAGAGGUGGUUCAGGUAAAAUGAAGUCACUAAGGUAGGGCCUGAUCCCAUCUGAUCCCAUGUGACUGGGGUCCUUAACUGAAGAGGGGAUCAGGGCAUAGACACACACAGGGGACAACCGUGUAAGGACACGGGGAAGAGAUGGUGUGUGGACGCCGGGGAGAGAGGCCUCAGGAGGAACCAGCCCUGCCCACACCUGGAUCUCAUGCUUCCAGUUCCCAGGACUGGGAAAAAAUAAAUGCGUUGUUUAAACCUCCCAGUCUGUGGUAUUUGUUACAGAGACCAAGCUGACUAUUACACCAUAUCAUUACAUGCUGUGGGGUGAUUUUCUGAAAUGAAUUUGGGGCACAUGUUUAAUGUUGAGCCUAGUGCCAGACAUGAAGUAGUUGCUCCAUAAAUGCUAGCCUUCCUCAUCCCCUCCUCUCCCACCUUCUUCCUGUUCACACCCCUCUCCUACCUACCCACUUCCCCUUCUCCUCCACUCUCUGACACUCAC